CCCUCUUCCCACUCUUAUUUAUUCUUGCUGACACAGCACUCUCGAGUUGAUCCAGAGGAACUGUUCACCAAGCUGGAGAGGAUUGGCAAAGGGUCCUUUGGAGAGGUGUACAAAGGAAUUGACAACCGCACUAAAGAGGUGGUAGCUAUUAAGAUAAUUGACCUUGAGGAGGCUGAGGAUGAAAUUGAAGACAUCCAGCAAGAGAUAACAGUACUUAGUCAGUGUGACAGCCCCUACAUUACCCGUUACUAUGGUUCUUACUUGAAGGGCACCAAACUCUGGAUAAUCAUGGAGUACUUGGGAGGUGGCUCAGCACUGGAUCUACUCAAGCCUGGUCCCUUAGAAGAGACCUACAUUGCCACCAUCCUGCGAGAAAUAUUAAAGGGUUUGGAUUAUCUUCAUUCUGAGAGGAAAAUCCACAGAGACAUCAAAGCAGCCAACGUGCUACUUUCAGAGCAAGGGGAUGUGAAAUUAGCUGAUUUUGGUGUGGCUGGCCAACUCACAGACACUCAGAUCAAGCGAAACACUUUUGUUGGGACGCCUUUUUGGAUGGCACCUGAAGUUAUCAAGCAGUCAGCCUAUGACUUCAAGGCAGAUAUUUGGUCCCUUGGCAUUACUGCUAUUGAACUGGCAAAGGGAGAGCCUCCAAAUUCUGACCUACAUCCUAUGAGAGUUCUCUUCCUGAUUCCCAAAAACAACCCUCCAACAUUAGAGGGACACCACAGUAAACCCUUUAAGGAAUUUGUGGAGGCCUGCCUUAACAAGGACCCUAGAUUUAGGCCCACUGCAAAGGAACUGCUAAAGCACAAAUUUAUUACACGUUAUACUAAGAAAACAUCAUUUCUCAUGGAGCUUAUUGAUCGGUACAAACGCUGGAAGUCAGAAGGGCAUGGUGAGGAUUCAAGCUCAGAUGACUCUGACAUUGAUGGAGAUGCAGAUGAAAGAGAUCAAGGACCCAUUUGGACUUUCCCACCAACCAUUCGCCCCAAUUCCUUGAACAAACUGCACAAAGGGAUGGUUCAUCCUGGGUCCCAAAAGCCUGCUGAACCCAUCAAGCGGCAGCCACGGUCUCAAUCUCUUUCCACCCUUGUUCGACCUGUCUUUGGAGAGCUCAAAGACAAGCAUAAGCAGACUGGAGGGAACGUAGGAGCCAUGGAGGAACUGGAGAAUGCCUUUGGCCUAGCCGAAGAAUCUUGUCCAGGAAUCUCUGACAAAUUAAUUGCACACAUGGUGGAGCGAGUGCAAAGGUUCUCACAUAGUAGGAACCACCUGACUUCAGCACGCUGAAGAGUCCACUCUGUUGCUGAUAGGAGGAAGGAUGGCUCCCCCCCAGCUCCACAGGAACUGUGUCUUGAAUCCAUCACCAUCUCUGCUGUUGGAUGUUAACAUUGUGCUAUGGAUUCCCAGACAUUUCAGAGCCUUUGUAUGUGUGUGUUUUUGUGACCACCCAAGAUGGGAUUCGCAACACAAAUUAUCAUGGACUACUUUACAGAGCCCUAGAAGAGUAAUUUCUACAGUGUAUUUCAUGGAGGUUUUUAAUUGUAUCCAAUUUUUCUCAGGUCAGAACUCGUUUCAGAGCAAAAUCCUGACUGCUGGAAAAUGGAAAUUCAUAGAUAAACACAUUCCAAAAGGGAAGUAGGACUGUGGUAGUUCCAUUGCUCUUGCCAGAGAUAAAGUAUAUUUGAGGUUAUUGAUAAGUGAGGAGGGACUAUCACCAUGCUGGUGCUAAUCCAAGAGAGCCUUGUAAUGUGUUCCUCCAUAGCUAAGAGAAGAUUGGGCUAGCAGUUGCUGAGACAGGUGAAGUUUGCCUUCUCCUUCUCCUGUCUGUCUACUUGUUCCUUUUGUGGGGUAGGUUUGACUGCUGCUGUACUCUGCACUAGCCCAUUUACUGAAAACAGCUUGGAGCUGAUGCUCUCCUCCCCAAGGCCUUUUGCUGCUACUUUGUACCUUACAGAUGAACACUCACUCAGUUAAAAUAUUUUGGCAGAGUAUUAUGUACUUUUCAAAAAAACAGAGGGAAACUAAAUGCUUAGUUGCUACUGCAGCUUAGUGAAGGAGUGAGGGUCUACACAAAGUCCUCAAGUUUUGUAGAGGUUUAUGAUUGUAUUAAAUUUGGUUUGAGAUUUUCAGUUAAUUGAAAAAUGUGUGGUGCCAACAGCUGGAAGAAGUCCUACCUGACAUUCCCCAAACAUAUUCUGUGUUGUUCCUCCACUGCUCAGAAUUAAUAUAUUAAGCAUGUCAGAUUCCAACUAGCUCUUCCUCUCCAGUGGUAAUGUAGGAGAUCAAGAGCAGCCACACAUAUUAAAGAUUGCCAAUAUGAAGUGUCAGUUCCUGAAAGUGUAGAGCCCUUUAGUGACUGACAGCAAUUUUGAGGACUGGCUCUGAGAAGAGCAUGUGACUGUUUAAUUUUGGGUGGAAGGAAGACUUUUUGGCAUAUCUUCCAUUUAUAGUACAGUAUGAGAAAUGUUAAUGGAGAAGACUGUAUUCAUGGUAUUUAUAGAGUAUGCUGGAACAAUAUCUUAAGAACUGUAGUUGUUAAAGAAUAUUUUUCCUUUACUAUUAUCCCCAGGACUGCUUAUGAAGUAGAUGGGGUUAUUUAGAAGAGGAAAAUAAGAAGUUGCUACUUUGUGCUAUUCAUAAAAGGUACCUUAUAGUAACUUACACAGUGUCACCAGAAAAAGUUUUCAAAAGUGUCUCCAAUAAUUAGAGCAACAAAGACUUAAUUUUAAAAUGAGCAGUGAAAGGGAUCUGCCACUUCCAAUAAAAUUAACUUGUCAAGUAAA